AUGAGGUGGACACGAUAACCCAACAAGGACCAUCAUUGGCAGGGUUAAUGAUGUUAGUUCCCUUAAGAAAAAGACUGGGAAAGGGUAUUUAUCGAUGCAUAUCGGCACCUCCGACCGGAGAUCAAGGAGCACAAACCACAAGCGACAAGACGCAGACGAGGCUAUCGCAGUUCGACUCGAGAACAAGGACUUUUUCUAUUCCACAGACAUCGAGAUCGGCACUCCGCCUCAAAAAGUAACCGUCCUACUCGAUACCGGCUCGAACGAACUAUGGGUCAAUCCUGACUGCCAAGAAGCGCAAAGCUCUCUUCAGUAUAAUCAGUGUCUUGAUUUUGGGCAAUAUGACCCUGAUAAGAGCGAUCCUAUCGGCCCAUAUGGCGGCGAGACUCUGAAUUAUGGAGACGCAUCUGAUAGCUCUACCCAUACAUCUGUUCAAAUAACAUAUUACGCUGAUUCUUUUCGAUUCGGUUCAGAAGUGCUCAAAAACCAAACCUUCGGGGUCAUGGUCGAGAGUAAUGGCAUCUCUCAAGGAAUUCUGGGUCUUGCGCCUGAUUUACGAGGUGGUUAUGACAGCAAUGAGCCUUACAGUCUGUUGCUCACCUCUAUGGCCGACCAGGGUCUUAUCAACAGUCGCGUAUUUGCGCUUGAUCUGCGACAUUCCGACGAUACCGAAGGCGCUCUUAUCUAUGGCGGCAUUGACCGAAGCAAGUACAUCGGCGAGCUGGAAACUGUCGAUAUUAUCCGAGGCGAAGGCGGCGAAUAUCGCCUAGCUACAAACUUGGACAGCCUCGGGGUGACAAUCAAUGGCAAAACUUCCAACAUUCGUGUGCCAAGAGCUGACUCCAAUGUCAUGCUUGACUCUGGAACAACACUAUCCCGCAUGCACAUGUCUGUUGCCCGACCUAUUCUGGAGGAACUUGGUGCUCAGAACGAUGGCGAGGGCUUUUACAUGACCGAUUGCCAAAACCGGAAACUCGAUGCCACCGUUGACUUUGGUUUCGGCAACAAGAUCAUCAAGGUUGCUCUCACUGACUUUAUCCUUGAGCUUGGGCCUGGAUCAUGCUACAUCGGUCUCGUCCCUACAACCGACCAGCAGAUUCUGGGAGAUUCUGUUCUACGCGCUGGAUACUUUGUUUUUGAUUGGGACAAUGAGAAGAUUCAUCUUGCUCAGGCCGCCGAUUGCGGCGAUGAGGAUAUUGUUGCUGUUGGUUCCGGUUCUGACGCUGUGCCCAGCGAGACGGGCAAGUGCAAGAGUUCCGAUAUCACAGCCACCGGAGGUGGAGGUGCUACUCGCACAGGCAACUCAUUCCCUACAGGGGCGUACACAACCACUUACACCAUCACAUCGUGUCCCGACUUUGAGCGCGAGUGCGUAACAGGCGUCGUGACAACGCAGACAUUUAGCGAUCGUCCAACCGUCACUGUCACCGCUGGUGCUGGUGACGGCGACGACGAUAACGCCGCAUGGCAGCCCACCCCUCUGGGGUGGAUGUUCGCCGUGGUUGGUGGUUUUGCUCUUGGCCUGAACCUGGUUUAGAGUAUGAUGAUAUGAUUGUAUAUACCUUUUGACGAUCUUUUGGCAUAUUAUGAUUUGAAUUGAUAGACCGCAUUCAGGGUCUUUACGACCUUAUGCAUACGGCGGCGUUUGAUCUUGU